CUUGUUUUCUUCCCUUUUCCACACAAAAAAGAUGACUUUUGAAACAAGUACUUUUCCCAUUGGUUAUUUUUAUAUCAUUUCAAAGCUCAAUGGUAUGGCUUUGGAUAUCGACACGAGCAAACCGGUUGGAAGCGGUUCAAAAGUAGUUACUGCACCCAAAAAGGAACAAAAGCCUGAAAGAGAUACCCAGUUAUGGAUCCAUCAGGAUGGUUUCCUCACGAACAAGUUUACUGGUCUCGUGUUGGAUAUUGGAAAGGCAAAAACAUUCAAAGCCAUCUUUACGGGCGAAGAAGCUCUCUUUGUGGAUGAAAUGAAGACAGAGGAAAAUGCCAACGAUCAACGAUUUGGAUUCUCCAAUGGUUAUCUUUAUCCUCUAUCGGAACCUAAUAACGUUGUUGAUAUUCGCAAGAGCAACGCAGAAGCAGGUGCUGAUAUUAUUAUUCACGUAAAGAAAGAGGAAGACGCUUUUAACCAACUCUGGGAAUUGGAAUUGGCCGAUCCUCCCAAGGUCUUGGACUCUUCUGAUGACGAAGAAGAUGACAGUAAGCGCGCUCGUCUUAGAGCAUGGUUUGGCAACUGGCUAGGAUGGAAGGAUCACGAUAAAACCAGACUCUUGAAGGAAGAUGAACUUCAAAAGGCACAUGACAAGGUUUACAAGAAGAAGAAAUCUAAAUUACCCUAUGAAAUCAUUGCUGGUGCUGUUGCUGUAGAGGCUGUUAAGCAUUACAUUGCCAAGCAAGAAGAGAAUGGUGAGGAUGUUCGCUUUAAGGGAGCUAAGGAAGCCAUUGCUGGUUUUGCUGCUGCUGAGAUGGUUAAAAUAUUCAUGGAAAGAGGCACAGAUGAUGAUGAUGAAGACGAUGAUGAAGAAAGAAAGCAAAAGAAGCAAACCUUACUUCAGAAUAUGGCUAUUUCUGCUGCCUCCAACUACUAUGACACCAAAUACAAAUAAAAUAAAAAAAGUUUUUGCGGAGCCUCAACUUGGUGUCCCCUUGCCUGUCUUGUUUUUUUUUUUUUUUUU